ACCCAAGACUUCUUCUUUCCUCAGAGGCUCGUCUUACUGGGAUACUUAUACUGUACCUGCUCGUAACUGCCGCUGUAAUCGUAAAGAACAUGAUGCUCAUCCUGUCAUGUCCCUUGUUUUCUUCGGAUUUCUCGUUUCUCUUCUCAAUUGACCUCCGAACUUUUCUCUUUUACCACUGACCCUCUUUUCACUCUACGAUCCUUACUUGGACUUUUAUUUCAUCUUAAAAUGUCUCCCUUUUUCUGUUUUUUUUUUUUUUUUUAUCUGAUAAUCAAAUGUCAUUGCACUCCUUAUGUCCUUGCUCCCCUUCACUGCUUUUAAUGGCAUGUUAUCCAGCAGAUGAGAAGUCUGUCCAGGAGGAGGAGUGUGUGGAGUGUCAGCAUCCAGACUGCCGCGAGCGCCGUCGGGCCUCCAAGGUGUGCCAUCAUCCAGAUUGUCAGGACCUGAACAAUAAGAGUCCUCUCCACCUGUGUGAGUCAUGCGACUCCCGCUGCCACUCUGACGAGACCGACAACAUGCACUUUGACCGUCACCCUCGCUUUGACCUGCAGCCACAGAGUUCCAUCCUGGCUCGGAAUGUGUCCACUCGCUCUUGCCCCCCACGCACCAGCCCUCCUUCUGACCUGGAGGAGGAGGAAGAGGGCGGCACAGAGAAAGGGGGUAAGGUAGGACCUAUGAAGAUCCGGAAGAAGCCCCGGAGACGGUAUACUGAUGAUCCCACCAAGGAGUGCUUCACUCUCAAAUUCGACCUGAACGUCGACGUGGACACAGAGAUCGUUCCCGCAUUGAAAAAGAAGACGCUCAGAGAGGUGCUGGGGCCUGUUUUCGAGCGUAAAGGGAUCGAGUUGUCUCGAGUUGACUUGUUCCUGGACCAGUCCAACACCCCUCUGUCACUCAGCUUUGAGGCCUACCCGUUUGGAGGACAUUACAUCAAAGUUAAAGCUCGUCCUGGCGAUGAGCUGAAGGUAGAGAAGGAAGUAAAGGAGUCUCUCACGCUGCCCAAUAUGAAGAUUUCAGCAGGGGGCAGUCAGUACAUCCUCAACCCCUCCCAUGACAAGGUUGAACAUGACGUACUUACCCAGGAGAGUGUGGACAUACUGGGUCAGGGUCAAGCACGUCGGCGAAAGAACAUGACCCAGUUCCUGGGGGAUGCCAGCAUCCCGUCUCCAGACUCCCUGGCCCAGCUCGGCGGUUCUCUCCCGACCAUCUCCAAUUCUGGUUACGACAAACAAAAGAACCGCGGCGGUAACCGCAUUAGCAGUUUCUUCUUUCCCUCUUACAAGGAAGUGGACCGUGUGGAGCAGCUCAACACCCGAUUACAGAUGUACACGUGCCAUGGCUUGCCUAAAGUGCACCCACAGCUCUCCUUCCACCAUGACUCCUGGGAGGGGGAGGAAGUAGAGCCUGACCUGACACUAGAGGACAGCUGGCAACAGCUGCUGGAAAACCCAGAGACGCUGAGCAGACGGCAGUUCCACCAGCAAGAGGCGAUAUGGGAACUGUUUCACACUGAAGCCACCUACAUCAAGAAGCUGAAGGUCCUCACUGAUAUUUUCCAGUGUGGCCUGCUAAACCUGCAGGACUUUGGCCUCCUCAAUGAAGUAGAACCAGCCAAGCUGUUCAGUAACAUCCCGGACCUGGUGCGGGUACACACAGCGCUGUGGAGUCAGGUCAUGUUACCGGCGCUUCAAAAAGCUCGGCAAGACCGCAGCCUGCUCGAUCCGACCGAUCUGCACCAGGGAUUCCUGACUUUUGCGUCCAGGUUCCAGCCGUACCUGCGCUACUGCAUGGAGGAGGAGAGCUGUAUGGAGUACAUGCGCGCUCAGCUGAGAGACAACGAGCUCUUCAAGAUCUACAUCACUUGGGCCGAGGGGGACAAGCAGUGCAAUCGGUUGAAGCUGGCUGAUAUGCUGGCAAAGCCGCACCAGAGGCUCACCAAAUACCCCCUGCUCCUCAAAACCAUCCUGAAGAAAACAGACGAACCUCCAGCAAAAGACUGUCUCCUGAGCAUGGUGGCGAGUGUGGAGAACUUCAUCAACAGUGUGGACUCUCAGAUGCUGCAGAGGCAGGAACAGCAGAAGCUGGCGGCCAUCUCGGCUCGGGUAGAGAGCUACGAGGCGGUGGAGGGAGGCAGUGAGGAGGUGGAGAGGAUCCUGAAAGAGUUUAACCACAUCGACCUGACGGCUCCUAUGAGCUCCGUGUCUUCAGAAGAGACAAGACAGCUCCAUCUAGAGGGAGCGCUACGAAUGAAAGAAGGCAAGGACAGCAGGAUGGAAGUCUAUUGCUUCCUAUUCACCGACCUCCUGCUCAUCACGAAGCCGGUGAAGCGUUUAGAGAAGGUCAAAGUGAUCCGGCAGCCUCUCCUUCUCCAUAACGUCGUGUGCAAGGAGCUCAAAGAUCCAGGGUCUUUUGUUCUCGUCUACCUCAAUGAGUUCAAAAGUGCUGUGGCCGCCUAUUCGUUCCAAGCCAACAGCGCCGCCCAGGGGCGAAGCUGGAUCGAUACAAUCAACACUGUCAAGACCCAACUGCAGCGGCUGCGUUUCGAGGAGGCACGACGGCACCAGCCUGGACAAAAAACGAGGCUGGAGAAAGACGACAUGGAGGACGGAGGUGAGCAGAGCAGUACCUCCACAGCCAGCUCUCCACUCCUUGGAAAUAAAGGACAACUUAACACAGGGAACUCUGACGGCUCUACAGAGACGCUGUCCGUGAUGGAAACGGAAGAUUCAGGAGCGUGCUCGGAUCUGCAAACCGAUUCCGAUACGGUAUCGUCGUCUCUCCCCAGCAUCGUCGAGCCCCAGCCUCUCCAGCACGCCCCCGAGGGCUCAGAACUUGACCCAGAGCAUCGCAGUCUAUCCAUGGACAGUGCCUAUGGCACCCUUUCCCCUGAGUUGCUGCUCGAUCUGCAAACCCAGACACACACCAGCGAGCAUGAGAGCACCGAAGAGGAGACGGAAGGAGACAGUGCCAAGGUAUCAGCAGCGGGCGUAGAGAAGGAGGAGGAAGAAGAGGAGGAAGAAGAGUCAGAUGACAGGAGCUCAUCAGGCUCUCGGAUCUCGGUAGCAUCCCAUCUGAAACCCAGGCGGCGUCCGCCGGUGCAGUCUCGCACGCACUGUCUCCAGAAGCUGAUGAUGCAUAAGUGUCAUUCGGAGGACAAUUUGCUGCAGCUGGUCAACGGAGAGGGGAAACAAGGUUCAAGUGGAGAUGUUGCACAGGGCUCAGAUGCCCCUUACCAGCUGGGUCUGGAAUGGGCCGAGGGGCGGGCACACAGCAGGAGCCUGACCGAGCUGAACCUAGGUAAGACAGAAGCUUCUCAGCAGAGAGAGACGGAGAGGUCACAGAGCGAGCGGUUGGCGUGCAGCUUGCCGUCCUACGUGUUCAGGAACACACUGAGGCGGCGAAACUACAGAAAGGACAAAACCAAAGGCUCGAUGGACCGCAGCGGCUCAGACGGGGAAAUUACACCCGCCGAAUCUAAGGCGGCAAACUGUGGUGUUUUAGAGGAUGAGAUGGGCAGUGGGAAGAAAUCACGGCAGCACAAGAAGCUCACGGUGGCACAGUUGUAUAAAAUACGCAACACACUCGUGCUGAACUCCACGCUCACAGCCUCGGAAGUGUAGAAGCGCCCACUUCGUCACUCCGCCAGCAGCACCACUUUCAGCCCCGUAGGACUGAGUUGCUUGCCACAUGAAUGCACUCUAAGUAAUGAGCAGAACUCAUGAGCUUUAUUUUCGUUGCACUUUUGUAAUAAUACGAGUAGCUUUAACAAAGGGGGGAGGCUUUUGGAGAAAAAAACGACUCUGGAGCAAUGGGAAAUUUCUUUUUUUCCCAUUUCGGUCCGAUCCAUUCGUGCACUUGGACCUGAUCAGAAUGGGAGGAAAGGACAAAGGACAGAGGAUCCAAAGGGUUGAGUUAACUUCACUGUUCAUGUGAAGUGUUUCAAAAGAGUUCAAAGACUCACAGUGUUCUUGUUCAGUCAUUACACGUUAUCCUUCAGUGGAAAUGGAAAUACCUCUAAUGUGGAGGCGAGUCUCAUUUCAGGUCCGUAUCCUCGACCUCGAGUUCAGACUGUCCAGAUGACUUUCUUACGUGGAUCUGUCAAUGCUUUGAUGGCAGUGAGUCCUCAAUCAGCUGCCAUAUCCAGUAUGUGUUGGGAAAAGAAAAGAAAAAAGCCAUACGGAGGCUCGUCUACACGCGGAAAAAGCAAAACCAAAAAUUAGGCUGUAAUUGCACGGUUCAAAAGUUUGCAUAAUCUGUUUAACAGUUCACACACGUUCACUGUAUUUUGUGUGUGUGUGUGUAAAUGGAGUAUGAGAUGUUGACUGUGAACAUGUAAUGCCAUUAAGGCUGUAUGUGUAAGAUAAAGAGUGUGUGCGUGUUAAUGUAAAUUAUGACCUAAAAUUCACGCUGAAACCAAAAAUAAUUUAGGAGAUGGCUUGGGAAAUGACUUGAGUAGCCACUGAAUAGGCUUUGUUAAACACGAGGACCAGUAUUAAGUUUAAAGCAGCAGUGAUCACGUUUUUUGGUGUGUCUGUGUGUGUGGGCACGUGUUAAUGAAUACAGUCUCAUUAUUUGUACAAUGUUAAUAUUCGAGAGUAGCUCGAGAUAUUAAUAAUUUGAGGUGAACUGAAACUCACUAAUGUUUAAGGUGAUGUCCGGAUAUCAUACAACAAAGCAUUGAAAAGUGACUCCGUACUGAACUUCUUUGUCACUCUUAACGUCACACGGAUUUACUUUUAAGACUGAAGAACGUGGUCAGGAUUUAUUUUACCUUUUUUUUUUUUUUUUAAUAAUUGUGGGAAGGUCCUGAACAAGACUUUGUUCUCAACUUGUGUAACACUGCAACAAUGUCUACAUACAUUUCUUUUUUGGUCAGUAUCAUUUGGUUUGGUUUUUCAAUUAAUUCUGAAUCACCUGAUCACAGAUCAGCACUUAUUAGGAACCACUUUUGGAUUCUUUUUCUUUUUUCUUUUUUUUAAUUCAAGACACUGAACAUAUAACAGGAUUUGGGAUUUAGACUGAAUUACCUGGUUUCUGUAAACCAUACAUUAACAAUAGGCUUAUUUAUGAAAAGAAUGAACAAAUGGCCUACAUUUCUUAAUAAUGUUUAAAUGUGUUAAAAUACAUUCUGCCUAAUUAACUAAACCAAAUCCUUUAAAUUGUACUAUUUGUAAAUUUGCCCAAAAUUAAUAUUGUGUUAAUUGUUUACUUCCUAGUUGUUGUUGUUUUUGUUUAUAAUAUUUAUUAAGCUUGCUUUGUUUUUAUAUAAGAAUCAUAAUUUGUAAAUGUAUUGUUUGUUUCAUGACUUUUUUUUUUUUUUUUACUAUGUGUCAACUGUUCAAUUGUCUUUUGUUUAAUUAAGAGGUUAAUUUGCUGAGAACCAAAAUAACUCAGUUCCCAGUGUUUGGGAAACGGUCCUGUGUGUAAUAAAAAAAAAAAAAGCAUCUG